AUGGCCAAAAUUACAUAUUUCCUGCUUCUCCUCAUUGCUCUCUGCUCCAUAUCUGAAUGUGUUCAGCGUCAGUAUCACUUUAUAAAUGAGAAGAAGAACUGGACUGAAGCUCAGAGAUACUGCAGAGAGAAUUACACAGAUCUGGCCACCGUUGACAACAUGAACGACAUGAUCCAAAUGAUUAAGAGUGUGAAUAAUGGAUGUCUCUGGAUUGGUCUGCAGAGGAAAUGGCAGUGGUCUUCAGGUGAUCCUGCGCUCUUUCUAAACUGGGGAUAUAAUCAACCAGAUGGCAAAAAUUUGUGUGCAUUUAUGAAAAAUGGAAAGUGGUAUGAUGGGAAAUGUAGUGACUCCUGGAUCUUUGUCUGCUACAACAUGAGCAGAGGACUGGUGUUUGUCAAUCAGUUGAAGAACUGGAAAGAUGCUCAGACGUACUGCAGACAGAAUCACAUUGAUCUGGUCAGUGUGAGGAACCAGAAUGAGAGUCAACAGCUGGAGAAGUUCAUUAAUGACAGAAACUCAUCUGGAGCUCCAGUCUGGAUCGGUCUGUUCAGUGACUCAUGGCAGUGGUCAGAUCAGAGCAACUCCUCAUUCAGAUACUGGUUUACUGGUGAACCAAAUAAUAGUGAAGCUAAUGAAAACUGCACAGGGCUAAAGGAGAACAGUCAUGGACAUUGGGCAGACAUCUCUUGUCACUACCAGUUUCCUUUUGUGUGUCAUGAAGAUAAACUGAUUGUGAUCCAGCAGAAUCUGUCGUGGUCUGAAGCUCUGAGAUACUGCAGACAGAAUCAUGCUGAUCUGGUCUCGGUUCAGUCAGUGGAGAUGCAGCGUCGUGUGAUAAACGUGGUUAAAAAGGCAUCAACUGAGGCGGUGUGGUUGGGUUUACACAACUACUGCAGCAUGAACAUGUGGCUCUGGCUGAGUGGAGACAUGGUGUGCUAUCAGAACUGGGCUCCAGGGAACGGCAGCACACCGGAAAACUGCAAACUGGAGAAGAGAAAAGGAGCAGUUCAGUCUGGAGGAGAUCAGACCUGGAUCAGCCUUCCUGAAUCUCACAGACUCAACUUCAUCUGCACUAACUACUAAGAGUAAAAGACUUGUAUAAAUGUUUGUU